AUGUUGGGAAAUGUAAUCUGGUUCGUAACUAUUUUAAUAUUAAUCGAUACAACUAGAUCAAUUGAAUUAUUAAAUUAUGAUAAAUUAUAUUCAUUCGCUAAAACAUUUCAUUUGGAUCAAUUGAUAUCAACUAAUACGACUGAUAACGAACUUUGGCAUGGUUUGUUGAAGGAUUGUAAAAAGAAAGUGACCUUUUCGUGUAUUCAAAAGAAUGCUUACAGUUAUUUGGACGAUACUUUCAGUGAUAAGUAUAAUAAUAUCACGAUAUUCGAUGGUUUAACGCUUACGAAAAAUAAUUUAAAUUAUGGCACGUGUAAAAUGGAAAAUAAACGAAAAAGUAUCGAUGACAAUUUGAUAGAUGAUUCUAUUAAGACAAAUUGCGAAUUUAAAGAUGACGAAGAUGGCGAUGAUAAGCAACAAAAUGAUGCUAAUAGUGGUACGAGAAGACGUGGUAGAAUAAUGAUGGAUGAACAACAACCUAAAUCACCUUUGGAAGAAAUAACCGAUGCACUCAGGCAUAAGGCUAUGAAAUUUUUAGUUACGAGAGAUUACGAGAUUCAAUUGCCUAAAAUGUUGUUCGAAGGUACAACGAUGAAGAUAAGUCCACGACAAAUCGAUGAUACAGGUGCAUUAAUUAGAUUAGAUUUCACCGAGGUUAGAGGUGUCAGUAACGAAGGAAGAAUAUUUAAGAAAAUAAAAAAAUUUAUACAGAACAAAUUGUUAUUUAGUUUUAUAGCAUUGAUAUUGAUCAUCAAAUUAAUCAAAGUGAAAUUUUUAUUCGUAAUACCGUUCCUAUUUGGAGUAGGUGCUGCUAAGAAAUUGUUUUUAAAAUUAUUACUCUUCCUAAUACCACCGUUUGCUCAUAUAUUUAAAUUAUGCUCGAGUUUCUAUACGUCUCAUGGACCGAAAUAUCAUCAUCAUCAUCAUCAGAUUGCCCAUCAUCAUCAUCACGUUCCCGUUCCGGUACCGGUACCAGCUUACUAUGAUCACCAUCAUCAUCACCACGACGAUGAUUUGAAUGGUUAUGAUUACUCCCAUCCCCAUAUACAAUAUCGUAAAGAUGUUGAAGAAUUAAAAGAAUGGGGUAUCGAACCUUACGAUGAUUUAUACGAUGAUACAACUAAUAAACACGUUCCUGGUGUUUUACCAGCAUCAAUAAUGAAUAAUCCAAUUUCUACUGAAUAUGCAACAGGAACUAAUUACAAUAAUCCUUAUGGUAUUCCCCAAUAUGCUGCAAACGUCAGACCAGUUGUAGUUUCACCUUCCACCACCUACAACGACAAAUAUCCUACUUCAAUCUCAGCUCACGCACACAAUUUGGCCUACUCGGGAUACUUCGACGAUAAAUACAAUCGUCGUGUUGUCGAACCCAAUGGUAUAUCUACUUCCGUUAAGUCUGUCAACAAUCUACCGGGUGUUCAACUAAAACAACCAAUAAAUAAUAUCAAGAAAAAUACUUACGGUAUUUUAAAUCAAGCAAAUGUUAGACAAACAACUAUACCAAGGAUAAACAAGUCCGUUGCCACUUCGAAGAAUUCAAUCGUCUCGUCAUCGUCAAACGUACAAACCUAUGACGAUGAUUAUUAUGGACCUAUUAUGAAUCGUUUGGAAGAGAUUUUUGCACAGUUGAGAUUCUUCGAUGAAUCUUGCCGUGAGAGGCUCAUUUGCAGCAUGUACAAAAAUCCAACAGUUUACUCACCUCACAGUAAUCUAGUCUCGAACGAAUUAUCCAGAGAUCCUCAAGAAUUGAAACGUGGAACGUUGGAGAGUGCUUCAAGUCAAAAGUUUCAUAAAUAUUUGAGCGCAGCUAGAAUAGGUCAAGAUCAUGGUGAUUGCGUACGAACGUAUCCCUGUCACAUAAAUACAGAAUAA